CAGUAGUGUAGAACCGAAAAUCAUGUAUAUACAAAUAUUGACUUUAUAAUAUUAAUAUCGCUUUACCUGAAAUGUUCGUCGUUUGAGAUUAUUUUGAUUCAUGAAACGAUUUUACGUCUUCAUAAAAAAGUCAUUGCUCCAAAAACUUGAAAUGACAAUUACAGGUUUCGCACUAGAGUCGCUGCUGCUCAUUUGGUCCCAACGCGCACCUCUUUGAAGCGUGGAGGGGAUUUAAAAAAGCAGGGUGAUCUCCAACCUUCUGCUUUUUAUCAGCGCAGUAACACUAUUUGAAAUGUAAAUGCACGGUUCCGAUCAACGCCCUAAACGGCGUCUUGGUGCUGCUGCGUUCACGGAACAGCGAGCGGUGCGUCUGGCUGCGCACGCGUUCAGUGCGCAGCGCCUGCGACAGGCGCGAGCUGCUGCCGCUGCAGGCUCCGCCGCGCGCUCCAUCCGCGUGCUCGGUUUUCAGCCCCAGACGCUGAUCCGGACGGAUGGAGUCAGAACACAGACGCUCAGCUGUGGGUCUGAGAGUCGGUGAAAAACGGCGAAACCCAAUGGAAUUGGCGAGUCUGACGUGGUUUGGGCGUCUCGGGACAAGAAUUCAGAAAUGAAGGAAAAUAUCUGACUCAGUAAACAUUUGAACGUGACCAAACAAAGGGAAUCAAACCGUUCACUUUUGGGUCACAGAAAAUCCAUCAGGCUAUAAUUAGGACGUAAACAGCAAACGUUUGGUUUUAGCUUUUACUGCUGGUGUUUAACGAGCUUCCUCCCACGUGGACACCCCCCACGUCCCACUCAACACACACGGGCGCGAGCACACGUAUGUAUUAAUUUAAUUGUUUGAAGCUCGAAUGAAAGGAACAUUAGAACAACGUCUGAUGCUGUGCAGAAACAUGGAAAGUCCCCUCCGCGUCUCCACGGCGACGCGACCAGGCCGUGGCGUGAAAUGAUGCCACGCUAAUGGGUUAAUGUGGCUACGCUUUUCUGACAGGUGCUUGUUUAAUUGAAUUAAUCAAAUUUUCAAGUGUUUAAUUGGCUCAGAUGCUCUGACGGACGUAAUCCACCAGCGGAAUGGAAAACGAUCCAAUGAGGCCGACGCUCAGCGCUGACCUUUGGAGGCUGCGGCCUCAGACCCGUCGGCUGCAGACGCGGAGCCGCCGACGCUCGCGUGAAAGCAGAGCUUUUUAUUUUCUAAUCGGCUGAAGUGCUGAUCAGUGAAGCGCUGCUGUUUUUAAAAAAAGCUUUGCAUCGGCGAGAAUAAAUCUUUAAAUAAUAACUUUUUGAAUUCGUAUUUCUAAUUGUCUAAUUUAAUUUCUUAAUUUUCUACUUUUAGUUUCUAAUUAUGCGUUUGUGUUUUGCAACGUUUUAACGGAUUUUUAAGGAUUCGUAUUUCAUUAAUUAUCUAUUAUUAUAUGGUAUUCAUAUUCAGUUUAUGGUGAUUUGCUUUAUCAUUUCAUUUUCACUAAUAUUUGGUGCUGACUUUAUUUUAAUAAUAACGUCUUACAAAUUUCACACAGUUAAAUUUGUAAUAACCGGUUUGACCGAACCUCUUCGUUGGCUCUAAACAUGCAUUGUACAUAACAUUGGUAUUUUCUGAAGUGAGUGCUCGUGAAGCCGGGGAGAACCGCUGCACUGCCUCCGCUGAUCGGGCCGCCGUGCGUCGCAGAGGCGCCCACCUGUUCCGCCUCGGCGGUGGAGCCACGCGACGCGGCUCAGCGACACGUCCUGCGCAGAUGUGUGGCGGUGACGGGCUCUGCAGCUCAGACCUGCUGUUCAUCAGGCUGCUGCAGUCCGGAUGACGGCUCCUCCGGGACGCACGUCUCCCUCUGCUGCCAUUGGACCAAAGCUUCCCUGCAGCCGCGGUUCUUGCGCGUGAUUGGUCGCUGGGCUUUGUCGGAGCUCGAGGGGGCCGCCCUCUGUGCCUGGAAAAAACUCCUCCAGAAACUCGGAGGCGAGUCCCGGCUCGGACGGAGAGGGUCUGGCUGAGCGGACGUCGUGCUCCUUCGGCUCCUCCGCUGACCUGGCGCCCGGCGCGUGCGACCAGUCGCCCGCGGCCUCCAUGGAGGAGAUCCAGGUGGAGCUGCAGUGCGCGGACCUGUGGAAGCGCUUCCACGACAUCGGCACGGAGAUGAUCAUCACCAAGGCGGGCAGGAGGAUGUUUCCUGCCAUGCGUGUGAAGAUCGCAGGUCUGGACCCUCACCAGCAGUAUUACAUCGCCAUGGACAUCGUGCCUGUGGACAACAAGAGAUACAGGUACGUGUACCACAGCUCCAAGUGGAUGGUGGCAGGAAACGCAGACUCCCCGGUGCCGCCGCGCGUCUACAUCCACCCCGACUCCCUGGCGUCCGGGGACACGUGGAUGCGGCAGGUGGUCAGCUUCGACAAGCUCAAGCUCACCAACAACGAGCUGGACGACCAGGGACACAUCAUCCUCCACUCCAUGCACAAGUAUCAGCCUCGCGUUCACGUCAUCAGAAAGGACUUCAGCAGCGACCUGUCUCCAAACAAGCCGGUGCCCAGCGGCGAAGGAGUGAAGACCUUCAGCUUCCCAGAGACCGUGUUCACCACCGUCACCGCCUACCAGAACCAGCAGAUCACAAGACUAAAGAUCGAUCGCAACCCGUUCGCCAAAGGAUUCAGAGACUCAGGCAGAAACAGAACCGGUCUGGAGGCCAUCAUGGAGACCUAUGCCUUCUGGAGACCUCCUGUCAGGACCCUCACGUUUGAAGACUUCACCAACAUGCAGAAACAGCAAGGCGGCAGCACCGGCACUUCGCCCACCACGUCCAGCACGGGGACCCCCUCCCCCUCCGGUGCGGCCCACCUGCUGUCGCCCUCCUGCUCCCCGCCCACCUUCCACCUCGCCCCCAACACCUUCAACGUGGGCUGCAGGGAGAGUCAGCUGUGCAACCUGGGCCUGAGCGAGUACCCAGCCUGCGCCCGCAGCAACAUGGCGGCCCUGCAGGGCUACGGCGGCCUGGCCGACAGCUCCUACGGCCGCCUGCAGGCCGCGGGGGGCGCCGUGUCCUCCGCCCAGCCCUCCGAGUCCUUCCUGCCACAGAGGACUUCCUCCCUGAUCGCCGCCGGCAUGCAGGGCAGCGCUCACGCCUCCCUGACGGGCGGCGGCGGCGGCGCUGGGGGCAAGAUGGACGCCUACGGCGGGCAGCUUGGCUCCUUCCCGGCCUCCCAGCUGCAGUAUGUGAUGCAGGCAGGGGGAGGCUCCAGCUCGGCCUCCUCCUCCUCAUCUGGAUCCCCCCCCUCCUCCGCCCACAUGUUCGGCGGGAGCCACCACCACGUGCAGCAGGGCUCCUACAAUGCCUUCUCCCUGCACAACCCUUACAACUUGUACGGAUACAACUUCCCCACGUCCCCUCGCCUGGCCGCCAGCCCCGAGAAGCCCCAGGGGGGGCUGCUGUGCUCCUCCUCCCCUGCCGGGGCCUUCGCCGAGCGCCAGUACCUUUCCAACGGGAGCAUGGACACUAUGCACAUGAUCGGCAACGCCGCCGGAGGCCAGCAGGGCGGCGCCUCCUGCGACGGGCGCCAGUACGGCUCCUCCUCUCAGAUGUCCAUGCACAUGGUGUAGGAACUGGGAUCAAACCUCACAGUCUUCAGUAUUAUCCAAAGUCUUUUGACUGGGAGGCAAAUCUCUCCACCAAAGGACUGAGGCACAAACGAAACAGACUUCAUCUCAUGCAUUUGUGAUUAAAGACACUCCACUACUUACAAAACAAUACAGGGUGAUUCAGAACGUUAUUUAAUUAUCAUUGUAUUAAUAAAACAGACGGACAGAUGCGACUUGACUAACUGUCUCUAACAGUAAGAAUCAACCUCAGUGAAGGAGGAAGGAAACAGGGAAAUGAAGGAGCCCUUGGCUCAGAAGGGAUUAUCAGUUGUGAUACGUUAUGGUGCAAUAGUUGCAACACGCUUUUCAAGUGACUCAUCUUUGCAGCCACCCAGUCGUGACGCCAUUCAACCAAAGAAUCUUCGCCCUGAAGACUUGCUUCACGCGGCGCUCGGGCCGUGUUGUCUUAGAAAGGUCACAAGGUCAGAGGUUCUGCGUCUGGAAUGAAGGGGACAACUGCACGGAUCGUCCAUGAGUCACCGCUCCACACACACACACACAAACACACACACACACACACACACACACACACACACACACACACACACACACACGAGAUGACGCCGUGGACUCACAACUGCAGGACUCCACAGCCUCAUCCGCCCGUCUCCCCAUCAACUGGAAUGACUUCACUAUUUUUGAGUGGAUUAAGUUUUAGGCAUAUAUAUGUGUAUAUAUAUAUAUAAAAGAUGGCAAAUGCAAUCAAUAACAUAAGCUUAAAGGUUGUGAAGCAAUAGAGUAAUUAAAGUAUGUUGUGGUGUGUUAUAGAGAUGAGUAUUUAAGUACUGAGCAGUAACAUUUUCACAGCCAUUCUGUUAUGAAAUGUGUGAAAAAGGGAAAUAGCAAAGUAUUUCUUUUUGAGGCAUUUAAAAAAAUGUAAAUACAAGUGCCAAGCACGUAAAAAGCUCAAUAAACGCUUUACUUCAUGUA